UAUAAGGUUAUCAGGUAAAGGGGGUUAAGGAUACCGUCCCAUGCCUUUACGGACACUACCAACGGGGUUGAUCACGAGUUGUAUAAAUUUAGCUUUCGCGCAACAAAUACCAUUCGCACUUAAAGUUAUUAAGUAUAUAAAGUACCAGCAAUUCUCUACGAAAAUGAGCCUUGAAGAGGCUAAAAAGAUCGCCGCCUUCAAAGCUGUGGAUGAAUACAUUAAGGAUAACACCGUGGUUGGAAUUGGCAGCGGAUCGACUGUAGUCUACGCGGUUCAGCGCCUUGCUGAACGGGUCAGGCGCGAAAAACUGACUUUAGUCUGUAUUCCAACGAGCUUUCAAGCGCGCCAGCUUAUAAUCCAGAAUGCGCUUACUCUGGGAGAUUUGGAACAAAAUCCGAAAAUUGAUUGCGCCAUUGAUGGGGCCGACGAGGUUGACGCGAAUAUGGUACUGAUUAAAGGUGGUGGUGGUUGCCUCCUUCAAGAAAAAAUAGUUGCAUCCUGUGCAGAACAAUUAGUUAUUAUUGCUGAUUACACGAAAAAUUCAAAACAACUUGGUGAACAGUACAAAAAAGGCAUUCCUAUAGAGGUAAUUCCGAUGGCUUACGUGCCAAUCAGGGACAGAAUAUCUUCCAGCUACGGGGGAAAGCUAGUACUUCGCAUGGCAGUUGCAAAAGCUGGUCCUGUUGUAACUGAUAAUGGGAACUUUAUUCUUGAUUGGCAAUUUCCUAGUACAGAAUCAUUCGACUGGGAAAAAGUCAAUCUAGAUAUUGUUUCGAUUCCUGGUGUAGUUGAAACAGGUUUGUUUAUUAAGAUGGCUACUCGGGCAUAUUUUGGAUUGGCAGAUGGAUCGGUUGUAGAAAGAAGUGCAUGAUGAAUGAUUAUCGAACUAUCUCACUCAAUGUUUAUUUUUUACGCAAACGAAUUUGUGUUGGUACCAUAAUAAAUAUGUAACA